AUGGAACUUCCAGAGUGGCUCCGAAGCGAACCCAGCCCAGCCUUGGAGCCUGAGGAUGGCAGAUAUGUUCUUCCAGGAUCUUUUCAUCAUCCUCCCCAUGUGGAGGAGCUGCUAGUCAUGGUGCGAGCAGUCUGGCAGGCCAGAAGCAAAAUCUACUUUGAGGCCAACACGCGAUCGCUACAAGCAGGGCAUCCAGGAUGUAAUGCUCGUAAGGCAAAGGAUCACUUGCACACAACCAUCGAAGCCUACAGGCAAGCUUCAGCAGCAACCGAGCUAAGUCCAGCAGAGGCAGCUAUACGUGCGGUGUUGUCCUGGUACAAUCACACGGUGCGUUUGACCGUUUGCAAGGACUCAUGGCCAAGGCCGGAAUUAGCUGCUUUGGCUCGCGGAUGGGGCAGUGCUGUUCUCCCGCCUCCAACUCCGUGUGAGUACGUAGAGGAAUCACUCUGUUGGUGGAGCUUUGGCAAACACAACAAGCCCCAAGAAUGGUUGGGCCAUGGCUACUUUUGGCGUCCCGUUCCGGCUGAAGCUUGUGCAGAGCCGCAUUGGUGUCUUGAGAAUGCCGCUGGAAAUGCGCUGCAAGACUUCGAUCUUUUGGAGGAGGGCUUUCAGCGCUUGUGCAAUGCCCGUGUCCUCGCGGCUGACCGGGAUCUCUUGCGGCGCGACUUUCCGCUGGGAGGCAUGUCCAAUGAGCAGAUCGAUGCCUGGCUCAUUGAGGAGGCAGCCUGGUUGUCAGAAGGUCAAGUCCAACGCAUCAAGGAGGGCGACCAUCAGCAGUUGCUGGAUGGCGCCGAUACCAUCGAUGGUGAAAAGACCAGGGCCGCACUGCGAAUGCGGAGCGGUGGUCGUGCUGCGACGUUUCUAGUGUCAAACCAGUACAGUAUCGAUGAAGAUGGAAACUUCCAGGCCUUCAUGUUAGAUGUGAAGGGUUUGGGCACUCACAAAAGAGCAGCUAUCUCCGAAAAGGUCACGGGCCUGUUGGGGCUCGCAGAUGCUUUGAGGGAGCUGUGCUUUCAGCGCCUCAUCCAGCGACUCUUCGAUUUGGAGGGCGGGGAGGCGAUGGGGACAGUGCCAUAUUAUGCGAUCAUUGAUACAGGCUUGACCUACAGUGGAAUCAACCCUGCAACUGGAUGGACUGGUGAGCGCUGUGUGCUUCUAGUGAGACAGAGACAAUCUCGUCUCUUUGACUCCUAUGAUGGCAUGAACUUCUCUGGCGUUUGCCCAGAUCCAGUUCAUGCAAAUGGUCCUGGCAGACGGAUGCGGCAAAUGCUUCACAGUUGGGGAGUCUCUGCAGAAUUUGAGCCACGAGCACUCUGGCAUGAGGACGUGGAGACGAUGCUUGAGGAUCAAACGGGAAUUUGGAAUCUUCAAGUGGAUGCAACUUGUACACACUUCAUGGACUUCUCCGAUUAUUAUGUACUGCCUGAAUCACCCUUGCCGGCAGCCUGGUGUAUGUCCGAGGAUGCCCUUCGGCGUGCAUUCACUCUGGAGCGAACACCGACAGUGGAACGGGCACUGGCUAUGCCGACAUUGUCAGCUCGUUUGUGGGGUCAUGAAGAUAAGGAAAAGGCACGUGAAGCCUACGACACGCUGAGAAAGCAGCUAUCGCAGGAGAAGGAGCUUCGGGAUGCAGCUUCAGUGGUGGAAGAAGGCUUGAUCCAGCCCAUGAAGCCCAAGUACUGUAUGUGCUGGUUCAUGGAGCUCGAUGACAGUCCAAUGAGCCGCUGGUGCCUGGAGACAGCUCGAGAGGUGACCACCGGGAAGUGUUUCACAGACAUCUUGGCGACCGUGGAAGCUCGUUUUCUGGCCAAGCUCCACCAUCGGCGCUUCGAGCGGAUGAAAGCCGCACAUCCCUGGGAACGAGCUGCGCAGAUGACCGAUGUGGUUGUAAGCAGCGGACUUGCAUUUGGCAUUGGCAUCUACUCUGGCAUAGUGGAGGUGCUUGAGUUUUCUGCUUGCAACAAGGCUGUUCGCCGCCCAAUGAGGGAGGUGUUGCCCCUGCUUCGAUCUGUAUAUCCUGGGCAUGUGUACGUGCACGGCGGUUACGACGGCCAGCGCCGUUUGAAGUCUAUUGAGCGCUUGGCUCCAAACGGAGAUCACUGGGAAGCUCUUCCACCGAUGUCCGAUCGACGGGCAGUUGUGGCUGCAGAUGUGGAGCUCUUUGUUUGUGGAGGCUGGGAUGGCGAACGCCGCCUCAGCCAGGUCGAGCGCUACAACAUUACUGCAGGCUGCUGGGAGCAGCUGCCACCCAUGCUGGAAAGGCGUAGCCAUCCAGCGGUGGCCACGUUGCGAGGACGCCUCUAUGUUUGUGGCGGCUUCGAUGGCGCAGAAAGUUUGAGCUCGGUGGAGUGCUUCGAUCCGGUGUCUGGGAAAUGGUCUUGCCUGCCUCGCAUGCGAGAGCGUCGAAGACGUGCAAUCGCUGUGGUCAUGGCUGGAAAACUCUACGUUUGUGGAGGUUUCGAUGGAGCUGGGCAGUUGAACUUGGCAGAGAGAUAUGACCCGGAGGAUGGGAAGUCAUGGAAUCUCUUGCCACCACACCUUCUGCGCCGAGUUGUAAGUGCCGCUGCGGUGAUCGAAGGGAAGCUCUAUGUCUUCGGCAGCGAGGAUGAUGCGCAGGUGGUGAGCUCUGGGGAGCGCUUUGAUCCCAAAGUGGAUGCCUGGGAGGCGUUGCCUCCCAUGCUCUCCAGGCGUGUGGGUGCAGCGGCUGCCGCUGUAGCUGGUUGCUUUUAUGUUUGCGGUGGUUGGGACGGACGCCAGCGCCUUGCGUCCGCUGAGCGUUUCAACCCGAGCAGUGGGGUCUGGGAAGCACUUCCGCCCAUGAACGAACGCCGUGACCGCGCGGCCGUGGCCACCAUCGCAGAUCGGCUUUAUGUCUGUGGGGGCUUCAAUGGUGAUUCUGAUCUCAGGAGUGCGGAGUGUUUUGAUCCCGCUUCUGGGGCCUGGCUCACCCUGCCUCCUAUGCAAGAGAGGCGAUCCAGUGCUGUUGCCGUCGCAGCGCUUGCAUAG